AUGAAAGUUUUAUAUACAUGGGGAAAAGGAAAAACAGGUAAUACAUGUCAUAAUAUUGAUAAAAAAUACCCAUCACCACCAUCAGUAUUGAUAUCAUUAAAUUUAGAUCAAUUAUCGAUGGGACCAAAUCAUUCAGCAGCAAUUGUAAACAAUGAAUGUUUGAUGUGGGGAGAGGUUAUGGGUAGAAAACAUACUACACUCUUUAAGAUAGUAUGGAAGAGAAGGGUGGUAUCAGUAUCAUGUGGUUUCAAUCAUACAUUAUUGUUAACGAGUGAAUAUAAAAUAUUUUCAAUGGGAUUUAAUCAAACAGGUCAAUUGGGAAUAGAGAAUGUGGUGGAUUCAGCUGUGCCACUACCAGUGGAUACAUUAUCGAAAUUCAAUGUAAUAAAAAUCAAAGCAGGUAAUAAUGUUAGUGCAGCAAUUACAGAGGCAGGUGAUUUAUAUUGUUGGGGUAGUUCAGCCUAUGGUCAAUUGGGUAAUGGUAAGAUGAAUGCAAAGUUACACUCAUUCACACCCACCACAAUUUUAAAUCCAUUGAUACCUGAUGCAGAAAAGGAUGAUCCAAUCUAUCAGAAUCUUCAAUAUACAAACAUAUGUUUUGGAGCACAACAUACCAUUGCAAUAUCAACCACUGGUGCAAUAUUUUCAUGGGGUUCAAAUCAGUAUGGUCAAUUGGGAUUGGGUCAUUGUAAUGCAAAGUUAGUACCCGUUCCAAUUCAUUUAGAUAAUAGUUUUGAAAGAAGAGCAGGUCAUAUCAAUAGCUUGGGUGAAAUUGUUACAACCGACUUCACAGCAAAAACUAUACAUAGAAUCGUUGUCGAUAUAGCAUGUGGUAAUUUUCAUUCGGCCUUAUUGACAUUGGAGGGUGAUCUAUUUCUGUGGGGUUCCAAUCAGUAUGGUCAAUUGGGUCAAGGUGAUUCUUUGGAUCAAAGUGUACCAAAAACUGUAAAAGGUUCAUUGGAAUUCGUAAAGAUCAAUAGAAUGGCACUUGGUAAUAAUCAUACAAUCCUUCUCACAAAGGAACAAGAUGUUUUCACCUUUGGUAGUAAUGAAUUCUAUCAAUUAGGUCAUGGUUCAAUUGGUGGUAAGAAUAGACUCUACUUUCCAACUCAAAUUCAAAAACCAAAAGUUAUGGCAUCAGAUAUUUUUGCAGCUGGUGAUUGUUCAGCUUAUUUCGUUUUGGAUGAUAGUCCCGUACAUUUAAAUCUUUUAGGUCAACAUCAACUAUUAAAUGGAGCUGGUGGUAAUGGUGGUGGUGGUGGUAGUAGUAAUAAUAAUAAUAAUUUACUUAAUAAUUAUAAUAAUGGAUUAAUGGGUAGUACAAAUAAACAUUUAAGUAUUUUCGUUGGAACUUGGAAUUGUAAUGCAAAGAGAACUCAAAAUCUUGCAAAUUGGAUACUGACAAAUUCUUUUGCACCCGAUAUCAUCGUAUUGGGUUUACAAGAGAUUGUAAAUAUGAAAGCGGGUGCCAUAGUAAAAGCAACAGCAGCCGAUAAACAAAAUAAUAAAGAGAAUGCUUAUCAUCCAUGGAAACAUGAUAUCGAACAAACCCUUUCGCUUAGUAGUGGUGGUAGAUAUGUAAAAGUAAUGAAUAAAGUAUUGGUAGGUUUAAUGAUAUUGGUUUAUGUAAAGGAAGAGCAUGCACCUUACAUCUCAGAGGUUAGUGGUGCAGUUGUACCAUGUGGUAUGAUGGGUAAAAUUGGCAAUAAAGGUGGGUUGGGUGUUAGAUUCACUCUCUAUAAAACUGGUAUAUGCUUUGUAAAUAGUCAUUUAGCAGCUGGUCCAUCUCAUGAAAAAAUGGAAAGAAGAACUCAAGAUUAUAAAAAGAUUCAAAUGAUGACCUUUGAAAAUCAUCUUUCAAUGUUGGAUCACGAAUGUUUAAUUUGGUUUGGCGAUUUAAAUUAUCGUAUAGAUUUACCUUACUCUGAAACGAAAGCAUUGAUUGAACAAAAGAAUUGGCAAAAGUUACAAGCUCACGAUCAACUCAACAAUGAAAGAAAAGCUGGUAAAGCUUUCAUUGGCUUCAAAGAAGAAUUAACCAAUUUCGCACCCUCCUACAAAUAUGAUAUUGGCGUCAAUCAAUAUGAUACCAGUGAAAAGAAUAGAACUCCAUCUUGGUGUGAUAGAAUCAUUUAUCGUGGUGAAUCCUUAAAACAAAUUAGUUACCAACGCCAUGAAUUAAUGGAAUCCGAUCACAGACCAAUCUCUGCUAUAUUUCUAUUGGAAACUAAAGAAUAUAUUCAUGCUGAAAGUAGUAAAGCUUGGUCUAAAUUUAAACACAAAGAUCAUGCUAAUCGUUCAGAUUCCCCUGACCCAUUCUUUUCAAAAAUUGGUUCCGCUGCUCAUCAUUUCUCUCCAGUUGAAUUAAAAUCUUCAAGUUCUUCAAUUAAUUCAACAAAUUCUUCUGUUGAUUCUUUGGUUGGUUCAAUUUCUUCAUCCAAUACCACAAAUUCUACCAACACUACCACUGAUUCAAUCAAUAUAAUUAAUACUUCAACAAAAAGAAAUUUACCAAAUUUACCAGCGCCACCUUUACCACCAAAAUCAAAUGCCGUUAAAAAGAGUUUAUUAAAUAUUCAUCAACAUCAUAGUCAUAGUGGUAGUGGUAGUAUUGGUGGUAGUAGUAGUGGUAAUCCAUUUGUAGUUGGUUCAAUGCCAACAUUUAGUCCACAUUUUAUGUAUUCAAAUUCACCAACCUCAAGUGAUACCAGUACAAAUAGUGGUGUUACUUUAAAUGAUUCUCCAAUGAUUAGAUCAAUAUUAAAAAAUAAUGCAAUCAAUAAAAGGUUAUCUUUUUCUGCUGAAGAUAUUCAUUCUGUAAAAGUAUUAAGUAAUCAUAGAAAAAUAAAAUUAAACAAUAACAAUAACAAUAACAAUAACAAUAACAAUAACAAUAACAAUAACAAUAACAAUAACAAUAACAAUAACAAUAACAAUAACAAUAACAAUAACAAUAACAACAAUGGUGAUAAUAAAAAUAAUAACGAAGUUGGUAAUAUUAAUAAUAAUAAUAAUGAAGUUGGUAAUAUUAAUAAUAUUAAUAAUAAUAAUAACAAUAAUAAUAAUUCAAAUGAUAUUAAUAAUAAUAGUAAUUUAAUCAUUGAAAAGGAGAUUAAUAAUAAAUCACAACAACAACAAGAAGAAGAAACAAACUCUCCAAAUUUGCAACCUACUGAUAACUCAAAUUCUACAAACACAAGACCACCAUCUUCAUCAUUACUAUCAAGUGUAAUAAACUCAUUAGAAACCGCCACAUCAAUAGAUUCACCACCAAUGUUCUCAUUAAACAGUGAUGAUAAUGUUGAUAGCUCAAUGGAAAAUAGAAACUUUACAAAUGAUAAUGAAUAUAUUGGACAAAAUAAUGUAAACAAUGAAAAAGAUAAUAACCAUAAUAGUCAUCAUAACGUUGACGUUGACGAUGAUGAUGUCAUUAUUAUCAAACCAAUGCAACAGAAAACCAUUGUAGAUAGAAAAGGAAAAAGAAAAACAGUUCUUAUUAAUACUUUUGAUAGUAUUGAUAGUUUAGGUGGAAGUGAAGCUCUUGAAAUUGCAAAGGAUUCUUUAAAUUAUCCUCAUCACACUGAUGAUGAAGAAGAUGAAGAUGAUGGCGAUGAUGAAGAAGAAGAAGAAGAAGAAGAUGAAGAGGAUGAUGAAGAUUUUAUAGAUUCAGAAUCAGAUUCUGAUGUUGGAGGUUAUUGUUCAAGUAUGCCAACUCUUAAUUCUUUAGGUGAUAGUGGAGCUUGUCAUCUUGAAGAUUUACCAUUAAACUUUUUGAAGAAUAGAGAAAUUAAUUAUGGCUAUGACCAUAUUGGCCAUAGUAGUAGUAGUAAUAAUAAUAGUACCAAUAAUUUGGGAGAUUAUAUCUCUUCAAUUUCACCUAGAGCAAUAACAUCCACAACUCUAACAAAAAAUCCAAAACAAGAAAUUGAAAGAGAAUUGGAAAAUAGUGUAAAUAAUAGUAACAACAACAAUAGCAUUAAUAAUAAUAGUAAUAAUAAUAAUAAUAAUAACACAAAUAAUAAUAAUAACACAAAUAAUAAUAAUAACACAAAUAAUAAUAAUAAUAAUAAUAAUAAUAAUAAUAAUAAUAAUAAUAAUAAUAAUAAUAAUAAUAAUAAUAAUAAUAAUAAUAAUAAUAAUAAUAAUAAUAAUAAUAAUAAUAAUAAUAAUAAUAAUAAUAAUAGUGAUAAGAAUUCAGAUAGUGAAGAAGCAAGUAUUGGAUCAGGAAUCCUUGGUAAUAUUGAUGAUAUACAAAAUAUAAUUGGAAAUAUUAAAAAUGGUGACCAAGUUAACAAGAAUUUAAAUCAUAAAAAGAGUAAUAGUGUUGAAGUAGUCGUUGUUGAACAUCAUGAUGAAGAAAAUUGUUCUAAUGAUAUCUUUUAUAUUGAACCAUUUACAAUUGUGGAUCAAUACACAAAUAAUAAUAAUAAUAAUAAUAAUAAUAAUAAUAAUAAUAAUAAUAAUAAUAAUAAUGAUAAUAAUAAUGAUAAUAAUAAUGAUAAUAAUAAUGAUAAUGAUAAUAAUGAUAAUAAUAAUUCAGGUGCUACAAUUACAAUAACGCCAAGAUCUUCACCAAUUAAAGAUUCAGAAUUAAAAUCUAUGAUUAGAAAUUCAUUAUCAGGAUUGGAGCCAAUGGUUGUUUCAUCAAGUAAUACACCACCUAUCGUUUCAUCUCCAUCAGUUAAUACUAUUACACCAAAACAGUCACCAUCAAGUAAAUCAAUUCAAUCAUUAAAGAAUGAAUCAGAAUUUAUAUGUGUUUCACCAUCAUCACCUUCAAGAGUUUUAUUUAAUCCAAUAUUUGAUAAAUCCUUUUUUGAACAAAAACAUAGAGUAGUCAAUACCGAUAUUGUUCUUGGUUCUCAUAAAAGAUCAUCACCCCCUGUUAUUUCACCAAUUGGUGAAUUUAAUUCAACUACAAAUUCAACUACAAAUUCAACUACAAAUUCAACUACAAAUUCAAAUUCAAAUAUAAAUACAAAAACCAAUGCUAUAAAUAAUAAUAACAAGAGUGAUAGAGAACUUGAUAAAUUAAAGACAAAAAGUGGUGGUAGCAGUUUUAUAAAUAUAAAAAGUGCUAAUAGUAGUAGAAAUAAUAGUAUGAUUUAUCACAGUAUUGAAAAUAGACAUAAUAAUUAUAAUAGUGAUGAUAGUGAAGAUGAUGGUAUUAGUUACAAUAUAAACAGUGAUAGUGAUAGCGAUAGUGAUAGUCACAGUGAUACAAACGAAAACUCCAAUAUUAAUAUAGAACCAAAAACCAUUGAACCAAAAAUUAUUGAACCAACAACAUCAAUUGCAACAACAACAGAACCAACCACAUCAACUGAAAUUGAAACAAAUACAACAGUAACAACUUCAACAGAUCCAAAGCUACCAACUGAAAAAGAAGGUUCUUCUCUUUGA